AUGCAUUUAACUGAUACGGAAAAGAUCACUGUAUUGAUGAUGAGAGGGUAUGGCGACAGAAUAAGGUCCUAUCGAGAAGUAGCGGAUUUAUUCAAUGCCACAUAUCCUGACCGUGAACCAAUUUCAAAGUCAACUGUUGAAAGAACUGUUGGUCGUUUCCAAAGAACCGGUGUAAUUAAAGAUGCGCCUAGAUCUGGAAGACCCAAAAAUGCUAGUAAUGACGAAAAAGCUUUAGAUGUUCUGCUAACUGUAUACGAUAAUCCCCAUACAUCGGUCUCGAGAGUAGCUAAAAAAAAUGAUAUUAGCACAACAUCAGUCCAUCGAAUUUUGAAAAAGCAUCACUAUCAUCCUUAUAAAAUACAUCUAGUCCAGGAGCUAUCCAAAGACGAUUAUGACAGAAGAGUAGAAUUUUGCGACACAAUGAUGACACGACUUGCUGAUAAUUGUCAGCUUUUCAACUGGAUCUGUUUUUCUGACGAAACAACAUUUGAAUUAAACGGUUCUGUAAAUCGACAGAAUAUGAGGUAUUGGGCAGAUGAAAAUCCGCAUUGGAUGAGGGACAGUCACACGCAGUAUCCUCAGAAGGUUAACGUUUGGGCCGGAAUAAUGUUUAAUCGUAUUAUAGGACCGUUUUUUAUUGAAGGAAACUUAAAUUCUCAAAAUUAUUGCAAUUUGCUAAGAAACCAAGUGAUACCGGCUAUUCAGGAUAUUGCUGGAGAAGCUUUCCACAAUGUUUGGUUUUAG